CAUCUAUCCCAAUGACGGGGAGCUUUCGGAUUCAACUAAUCAAUAUGAAUACCAGAAAUGCAGCUUUUCAAGCAAAGUUGCGGUGUCUUCAUGAUUUCCACGUGCGACUACUGGGCAAUCAAGCGCCAGGACCUACCGGGUCUGAGGUGGCUAACACUAUCAAAUACUUCUCUCAAACUUUAUUAACUGUCCUAAAAGACGUUCCAUGCUCUCCACUGGAAAUGAUUAAAGAUCCUUCCUUGGAUCAAAUACGUAUGUCAAGCUAUCCCAACCUGGAGUAUCAAAAUCUCUACAAUGCACUCACGAUGCUGUUGGAUGUAGCGUCCAACAUACAAUCCGGGCUACAACUCUUCGGAAAGGCGUUUCUACAAUGCUUGGGCUGCAUACUGCCAUUCCUCGACCGAGAUCUGAUCGAUAAUCUACCUUAUCUUACCGCAUCGAGCAUUUCCGUUCUGCCUUCUUCACUUCAUCAGGAUAUCAUCAACUACCUGUGCUACUAUAUUCUACCCUUCACUAUCACGCGCCAAAGCGACGACGACCAGGAAUGCCACGCGUGCCAAUCGGUAUCGGCCGUCAUUAUGCUGGUGUUCCAGUACUCUACCAAUCCGGCCCACCAUUGCCAGCUGCUCGAAUGUUUAAUGCGCUUGAAGCACAACGUCGCCAAAGAUCUGCUGUGCGUCAUCGGGUAUGGGACGGCGAUGUCGCGCGCGUCUGCCGCCAAGCUGCUCUUCUACUACUGGCCCGCCUUCGAUCCUAACCUGUUCGAUCGGAAGGGACUGUUGUGCAAGUUUACCAACGAUCUAGUGCCGUUCGUCUGCCAGCGGGAAUCGUGCCCGAACGCGGGCAACGCAGAAGCCGUUAAAGUAUGCUACGAUCACUGCAUCAGCAUUCUGUACGCAUCGGAUGCGCCACCGCCGCUCUACUUGUGCAUCGAGUGCGCCAAUGAAAUUCAUCGCGAUCAUCGGAAUCUUACUUUCGGCGACAUUUUACAUCCCAUGCAGCAGGUUUCCAUGGUGUGCGAGAAUAAAAACUGUCGCUCACACGAAAAGUCGGCAGUAUCCAUCUGCUUUUCCAACGAGUGCGCUAGCUACAAUGGCAAUCAUCCCAUACGGUACUGUCUUCAGUGCCACGGUAAUCGGCACAACAGUCGUCGCGGCAUCGAUCAUAUCGUGCACCGUAGCCUGCCACCGAUGAUGAUGAUGGAUGCCGAGAUGCAAACCUAUCUGGUGGAAUCUGUGAUUAGUCUGCUGCGCGAAGCGAAACCACUGAACGUGAACUUUCGUAAGGAUUCGGCCAACCUGGAAUCGAAGGCAAAUGCUUCCGGUACAAAUGGCGGCGAACAGCAGAUCGAUAUGUUGACGCUGGAAGAGCGCCAACUGCUUGGACGCUAUGGCAUAUGGUUGUUGGUGGGACGCUGCACACCGACAGUCGAUACACCGGUGGAAAUUUUGGGCCGCCUGUUGUCAAUGCUCUUCCACUGGUUCCACGUGACCGCGUACUCGUACGAUGGGCAAACCGAAAGUACGCUGGAAAAGCUGAAACAAGAUCACAUAUGCAGUUGGCUGAAGGAGGUUCGCAUCAGUCACUACAAAGAGUUUAUCGAUUGUUUGCUACCGCAUCCGCCCGAGUACUCGCGCGUUGGGGGCCACUGGGAUUCGCUAGCGUCGCGAACGUCCCACUUGAAGGAAGGGCUGCAACGACUGAUUUGCCUGAUACCGUACGAAAUCAUCACGCAGGAAAUCUGGGACACGGUGAUGCCACACUGGAUGGAGGCAAUAACGAAUGACGUGCCGGAAAAGGAGCUGAUCGAGCUGAAGAUCGUACUGAACAAGAUACUGGAUGCGGAAAUGUCACCGUUGGGGUUUGACGCUAGGGCAAUGUACAACUUUGUGGCGAUUCGAUUCGAAAAGACGACGGCAAAAGUUCAGCAGCAAGCUUUGUAUUGGUUGCAGAACUUGACCAAGCUGGAGAUCGUCAUCCCGUUACCGCAACUGUUUGCCAUGUUUGGUGAUGGUGUGCGAAUCAUGAAGCACGGCGUACAGGCUGAAAUAAACAAAUCCAAGGAUUCGAGCCGCGGUGGCUCAAGUGGUGGAAGUGGUACGAAAUUCACCAAAGAACGCGACUUACAACCUCCCAGGCGCAGUUCCAUUUCACCUGUCGUCGAAGACGAAUCUGGCAACACUUCGGCCAUUUCGGACGAUGAGGUGCCGAUGAGCAAGUGCAUGGAAUUUUCGACUGAUGCCGAACACAAUCUCACGUGUUGCGUACUGAUGUUAGAUAUUCUGUUGCGACAGAUGGAGCUUCAGGAAAUUGAGAUGCAUUCAGGCAUCUAUACAACCGUUGCCGAAAAUGUGUGCCGGUUGUUGAAGUGCAUGGUAACAGCCGCAAAUGUGGGCAUGGGUAAUCACAGCUGUCGGCUGAUGGACUGUGCAUAUUGCGAAACGUCUGUUAUGUGGCAUCAGCUUUCAACCAAGCUGGUUCAAUAUCUGGCUCCCAUAAAUCCUGUCAAUCCACCCGAUCCGCCACUACAGAUCGUGAUAGAUGAUGAAAAAAUCCGCAAAAGUCCUCCCGAAUUAGAGAAGGAAGUGAAAUCGAACGAACGUGACAUCUCCCUCUCGAUGGCGCCUUUACACAUACCGCUUGGCCCAUUAGUCAUGCCUUCUAUUCUUGAUGAUGCCGGAAAAGUCAUUAUUAUGGCAGGUCCAGUGCCGGUAGCUGUUCCACAGCCGGAACCUCACUCGGUUGGUGGUGUAUUAGUACAUAUGCCGCAUGUUUGUUCUAUCAUGACGGCCACGGUGGAAACAGUUUCGGAACAACUCGAUCUUGCUGCAAUAAUGCCUUCGGAGAAGGUGGUACCGGCAGUGGCACGAUCGGUCACUCUAUCGGAAGCAGAUGUUGCCACUGCGACGGUGCAGAUUGCCAAACCAAACGUAAUUGGAGAAAGCAGCUCUGAGGGCGGCGGCCUGGAUUCGGAAAACCUCGAAGGAUCACAUCCAUUCGAUGGGGAUGAAGAGUUUUGGCACACCUCUGUUGGCAAAUUCAAGUUUUCGAUCGAUACGUUGCCUCAGUCUUUGCAGUUCAUCUAUCAAUUGCUGAAGGAAAUUCCUAACAUCGAUAAAGCCGACAUACUAUAUUACGUAUUGCAGUGCUUAAACGUAAUGGUGUUGCAUGGCGAUGCGUUCGUGAAGGCUGCCCGAGACAAUCGCGGAUUCUUCAUCUGGUGCCAGGAGAACAUGCUCAUCAAAAACUUAUGGGAAUUGUGCACCGCUGCUCAAUCCCACAUUUGUCAAGUAACAGUGCCAACCUUAUUGCAUUGCGUCACACUUCCGAUGGGUUCGGAUGUAUUUUGGAAAGUAAUACAGGAAGCAUUCCACGACGCCGACUGGAGAGUAAGAUUCGAAGCGGUGGAACGAGUAACAGUUAUUACCCGCUUUAUGGAUAGUACUCCGCUGCGUGCCGAGGUUAGCCUGCAAACAGCACUGGCUACUGCUUUCUGCCACUUGAUAGCGGCAUGUGAUGAUCUGAAUGUGCAUGUUGCACAGCGUGCCACACUUUACCUCGGAACUAUUCACGAUUACGCGAUCCAGGCGCUGCUGUACUGUCUCGAAAGUCAGUUUGAUAAAUUCAUCAUCGAUCGACCGGUAGUGUUGCAGUCAAUCUACCAGUUGCACAAUUCGCUGUCCGAUCGCAAAGUGCUCACGUGGGAUUUCUUCCUGAAUCGCUUCGACACGCUGUUUGUCGAAGCACAGGUGAAUUUGGAGCGUGUGGGAGAUAUUUCAUACUUGCGCGAUCUACGAAACAGUGAAAACGGCAGUGAGAUACUGUCGACGAAAAUCAACAAAGCGCGCGAGGCUCUGAGUCAAUCGGAUACGACCGGAAGCAUGUCGAAAACGUUGAGCGCUUCCUUCGGUACUAAAUGGCCUUACAAACGUACGAUGUCGGCACCGGCAACGAUAAUACCGCGGCAGGAAUCAAAAAUCGAAAAGGAAAAAGUCUACAGCCGCCAAGUGUCUGCACCGAUUUUGAAACGGAAAAGCUCUCGUUUUGGGCUAGAUGGACACGUUCAUUCGAUCAGUGGACAGAAUGAAGAUUUCCACUUGGGAAGCCUCUACCGUGUGAUCGAUCUAGAGGAAGCAGACAAGGAAACAAUCCACCUGCUCGUCUUUCUAAUGAUGCAGUUCAUGUCCCGGCCCGAUCUGGCUUAUCCCACCGAUGAGAAACCACUGUUCAAAAUUCAGUCAAUCGUGCUCCGGCACCUGUAUCUGCUUUUGGGCUACAAUCAGGGGGAAAAGUUCUUCCACGUGUCGCCGGCUCGCCUGCGCUGCUCAUCCGUAUUCAACGCGUUUAUGGCCAAUCUACCGCAGGUGCUCGAUCAGAACCACCAAAUGGGUUGGCUGCUGCUGCCAACCGUCAUCCAGCUGCUGCUGUACGCACCAAAUCAGUCGAACGGUGCCUUUAUGCCACCGGGUGCGGGUAGCGGGAACGAUCAAAAUCACCACAAUAAUGUAGUAACGUACAAUUUCUCCAUCUGGUAUCUGGAGCCACAUGUGCGUCGUAACUGGUUGAUGUCGUUGCUGGUCAUUUUAUACAAGUACCAGUAUAACCAGGCUUCGAUGGCCGAUCAGGUGCAGAAUUUGAUUCGUCUCGUUAUCAACUCGCUCGAUGCCCAGUUCCACAAAUGUCGUCGCAUACCGACCACCAUCAUUAUGGAUUAUUCGGCAACACGCUUACGCAACCAAAGUCAACCAUCGCUUGGAACCACCUCGGAGCUUGGGGACGAAAAGCGCACAAUCAAUGACAGCAGCCCGCCUUAUAGCCCGCUGCAAACGACUACACUUUCCUUGUACGGGUGCGAAGAAUCGUCCAAAGGACGUUCCUCGCGAGGUAAAGCUGGUGGCAAAGUACGCAAGCACCCAGAGGCCGAUGGAGAUGAUACCGAAUCGGAACUGGUUGUCAUACCAGAGAGCGAUGUCAGCGACAGUACAAUUCAGGAAAGCAGUGUUCAGGGUUCUCUAGAAGAUACGGCAAGCAAUGAUGACGAUUCGAAUGCUUUAAAACCAGACGCGGGAGGUAAAGUGAAGGAAGGCUUAGCCAGCCUUAGCCGGACGAACCUUUCCAUUAUAUGUGGAGCUCCGAAAAUUGCACUAGGGGUGCAGCAGCAUCAAUCGCAACAGGGCAAAGCUAAGAAAUCCCAACAAGCGUCUGUGUCUCUUGACCAAGCAGAUAUAUCAGGUAGCACUAUCACCAAUAGUAAAGAGCCUGAGAAGGUAUCCACUGUUGGUAAACCGGAAAAGACCGAGAAAACAAGCAGCAACAUCUUCCGUAUGCCUUCGGCUUUUCAAAUGUCUUCCCAAAAAUGUUCCGUACAGGAGGGUGUACGUAUGAUGGUUACUUCCUCAAUGCUAGGCCAGCCGAAAGCUCAGGCCAUUCUGAAUCCCUUUGCUAACGUGCAAAAAGCAAUUGUCGUUACGCAAAGUACGAGCAGUGGUAGCAGCGUGUCCAACGGAACGAAGGGUUUUGUGUCAAAGUCUAAUCUAACGUGCGCUAAACAAGAUGAGCUUGAUUGCUGUAAAAAAACUUCAAAUACAACCAGCCUGAAGUUAGAUGCGGAACAAACCAGUGCAGCAGCUCCCACAGAUUACCAUUCACUAACGCUUCCUUCAGAAGGUUUUAGUGCUCCAUGCCCAUCCAAUGAACCUCUGGUUGAAAGCAGCGAACGCAAAUCUUCACUGUUUGAUGCAGCUGUUGAUUCGUCUAAAGCAACAAAUAUUAAACCCAACGUUUCCUCCGGUUUAGCCAAAGGUUUUCUUCAUCAAUUGCCAAUUCCAACACCGGAACGUUUAUUGCCCAUCGGACAGUAUGCAACCGAGAGUGUUAGCACUAUUGUGGAAAAGGUACGGGAAGGCCUUGCGAUACCGGAAAUAACGAGCUCGAACGAAACAACCGAUGAUCGAUCCGAUAGUGCUGCAAGCUGUUGUCAUGCACGUGAUGCAUUGCCAUCGUCUCCUAGAAAAUUAACGAAACAGAGUGCGCUAGAGUCUCCACCGCAGGCUCUGGUUAAUGAGAAUGGUUUCGCCCAGCCUGGCAGGUCUACCAUUGCCAGCGCUUUUAUUUCACACGCGGAACAAGAAAGUGAACCAGUCGCCGCUGGUGAUAGUAAAAAAGAAAAUAAACCAGCACAGAAACACACAAAACGAACAAAAAUGUUCAGCGACAGUCAGAAGGAUACGCGUGUCAAGUAUGCUGGCUCGUGGGCACCCGACACUAAUGACGAUGGGUCAGAAAUUGAUGAACCAGAGAGCUCCUCGUGUCCCGAGAAAUCGAGUAGCCUGCGGAUUGGAGAUGAGUGUAUAUGUCAUCGUUGCACGGAAUGUGGAGCAGUAAAAGAGGAAUAUACCGAUGAAGAAAUGGGUAUUAUGCUAAUCGUACUUGGCACCUUCAUCCACCGGGAACCUUCGCUUGGGGCACCAUUCUUGCCAGAAAUAUUAACCAUUGUGUCCAGAAUUUCAUUACAUCCCACAUUUCCGUGGCGUUGCGAAAGUCUCACUCAUUUACCGGGAGGUUCACAAUCUGUUGCACAUCAAUUUAUCCGAUGCGUACUGCAUCAGCUUGCUCCGAAUGGAGUGUUCUAUCAAGUUUUUCUAACGCAGAAGGACGAAAUAACUCGCAGGCGGUUCUAUCGCAGUGUAUCAAACAGUUUGAAUGAUUUUUCCGAGUUAAACCCAACAAGCCCCAUACAGAUGCUUGCUGAAACACUGAAUGCUAAGAAAACACUCCCGAUCGACCUGUUGCCCGUUAUCUUCCGAAACCUGGCGGAAUAUUUGCAGUGUGUGCCAAUAGAUUGCAUAGCUGGCAGUGUGUGGCUACCGGUGAUACAAGCAUUGGACAGUCUACUGCGACGCGUUAUAUUGAUACUAGGGAACGUCGCCGGUUCCGAGCAUCUGCUGGACAUUAUGGUAGCUUUACUGAAAGUACCACAGCUGUCGAAGAGCAUAUUGGAACCAUUUUCUAAAAUCAUAAGCUUCGCCAUUCAGAAUCUGCACCUGACGCAAAGAGUGUUGGUUGAAAUUUGUAGCUUGAGUGGGCGUGCUUUUGCAAAAGAGCGUGACAAGCUGUACCUUGGAAGGCAGAUCGUGUUCGAUCUGGUGCAAGCACUCAAAUUCAAAAUCAAUGUACCGGAUAACAAUUUGCUACUGUUGGUAGGAUUCCUGCUACAAGAUGCUGGCGGAAUUUUACCACCUGGUAUCAUCGGGGACAUUUCCUGUGGUGAAUCGUUCGUACAUUCGAACUGCAACAUUUCGGAAUGCAUGCGCCAGCCCUAUUUGAACGAUAUACUUGAGUUUUUGGCAGAUUUUCACACGCUGAGCAAAAUUAAGAAUUUGAAAGCGCCCAGUACCACACCGGGGUUAUGCGAAGAUACGAUAGGUGGUGUUUUGAAGGGUGCUAUCGCACAAUAUCUUGCACUUGAAAUGUCACGAGGCAAUUCGAAAGAUAGCCGGACGGUCUCCAAAUAUCUUCCAUGGCUAAACAAUGCCCCAUCAUCUUUACAACAAGGACCAAAAGAGUUCACCGAAUGCGUGGGUCACAUGAGGCUGUUGUCUUGGCUACUGAUGGGUUCGUUAACACAUACGGCACUGAUCGUACGGCGUAUCGGUGCCGGUACGACAGCUCCACAUCAAAAUCAUUUGCGAAGCAGUGCCCUCAUCAUACAGCCCGUACCACAGGAAGCCAGUUGCCAUAUUGCUGAUCAUGUGCAAGUGAUAUUUGCCGGAUUUGCUGAACAAUCCAAGACAUCAGUCUUGCAUAUGUCGUCCCUGUUUCAUGCCUUCACAUUGUGUCAGCUAUGGACGGUCUAUCUUGAGCAGGUAGCUAGUUUGGCGGCAAUUUCCUCUGAAGCAUAUAACAUCACCCUUAGUGUGCUGUUCGAGUUUUGGGCUAAAGUAACACCCUGCAUUCUGCAACUGGUAUCACACUCAAAGCUAUCGGAAAGCGUCAACCUUCACUUUUUGGGACUUUUGGAAUCGUUGAAGGAAACUAGAUCUACUAUAUUGGCUAAAUUACUACCCUUAUGGACACCGGUUCUUUCAUCCAACACGCAACUGUCCGGUACAUUGCACGUUCGCUUGCAGAAUUGUCGUGAUGCCGUUCCCAACAUCGAGGAACAGGAUUUUCAUGCAUCUGAAGCACUGUUAAAAUGGUUACAACGACUCCAGUUCAAGAUGGGUCAAAUAGAGCUCCAAUCUUCUACGGCUACACAAUUCUAUUCGAUUUAA